AUGGCGAGCACGCAGGCGAAAAAUCCCUGCACGCACCCGGUGGACCUGCUCAAGGGCUCGGCUUCGGGCCUCGCCGCACCGCAGCUCGGCCUGUGGAAGACCACCGUCUCCGUCUUCAAGGAAGGCGGCAUGGUCGCUCUCUACCAGGGGCUGAGCGCGUCGCUGCUGCGGCAGGCCACCUACACGACCACGCGCUUCGGGUGCUAC